AUGACAUCGCCCGGAGAUGCUGCUCCGGUCAAACCUCCGCCGUCUUUCUCCCCCGGCGUUGCGCGAAUCGCAUCCACAUCACCAUCACGAUACCUUGGGGACCAUGAACCAUCUCAAUCUCUAGACGCUGAACUGGCAGAACCGUCCACAGUAUCGUCUCCGACCCCUCUUUCAUCCACGAUCGCCGACUUGCCAAUACGAUCUGGCUCUCCGCAUUCGCGCUCUGGGAGAUCCUCCACUCCGCAAUUAGCAAGGUCAUCUGUCGGUUCGUCUCUUGAUGGACGAUUCGAUGGCUCGGAAGAUAUAAGGUCGUUGAUUAUCCGGUCGUUCUCACCUACAAUCGCAGUCCAUGCCUCCGAAGACACCGAUGAUCUGGUGAGAAAUAAGGGGUUCAAAGGAGGGUUUUGGGAGUUGGUCCGGCCAUUUGGAGAAACGGUCUCUGGCAAAGUUGUGAUUCGGGAUAGUAUAGGCUCCAGUCGAGCUUGGGAAGAUUUUGGGGUGCGCUUUGUCGAUUUCAAAGGAAUCGACAAGGCCCCGGCCGGCCGAGAGUCUGGGCUCCUGGCACAGAUGGAAGAGGUGUUAUCCAAGCAGUUGGAAUCCUCUGAAGGUUUGCAUGCCGCGUCGGUGCAGACAAAGGAUGUUUUGGGAUACCCUGCCACUACACCAUUAUGCAAGCUGUUCCUGCAACAACUUCUGUGUUCAGCACCUGCAGCGCCCCAUGAGACAUUCGGCCACCCGGUGGCCAACGUAAUAGCAAUCAGUUCCCGCAACCCAGCGCCGUUGGAGACACUCAGACAACUCUACGCUGAUACUACCACCGGUGACAAACAUCCACCCGAAUGGGUCAACCAGGAGUAUCUUCGGUAUUAUGUCUUGGUUCAUGAUGAGGAACGAGAUGAUAUCACAGAAUCUACAAAGCUUUAUGAUCAGAUGAAGCGGCACUUUGGGCUACACUGCCAUCUUUUGAGACUGCGGAGCAGCCAAUGUGUGGUAACAGAUGACGAUAGCAUGCAAGUUCCCCAAUGUGAAUGGCUCUCGCCUUCAGAGCAUCUUUCCGGAGCAGGCGAAGCAGAAGCUUUGGUUGAUCUUGGUACUGAUGGCACACCAUACCUAUUUGAUUCCGAUGCCACUUCAAUAAGGGCAUUUAUCCGGGAGUUGGUAGUGCAGUCAGUAAUACCAUUUAUGGAAAACAAAGUAGCUGUGUGGAAUGAUCAAGUUGCAUCUCGGAGGCGUGGCAUCAGCGGCAGGUUCAUCUCGAUGUCACGGCGGUGGGCUGGUUUCGGGUCAAGCUCUCGCUCGAGCAUUGCAGGCUCAUCUGGAGGUAACAGUGGCAAUUACGAUUCAACGCGACACUUUUAUGGUCCGGAUACUCCUGAAGCUAUCUUGCGAAAGAUGGCGGACUUUGCAUUCAUGCUUCGUGACUGGAAGCUCUCUACGUCUACAUAUGAGAUGAUCCGAUCUGAUUUCGGUAAUGACAAAGCAUGGAAAUAUCAUGCCGGUGCCCACGAGAUGUGUGCUGUAAGCACGCUCCUAAAUCCUCUGGCAACAUCAGCCAAGAUCAAGCUCGACAGUGUCGAUCAAAUGUUUGAAACUGCGUGCUACUCCUACCUCACACGUUGUUCAGAUGCGCCACAUGCACUCCGCUGUCUGUCUCUGGCGGUUGAGCUUCUGAAAUCUCGUGGUGGGUCAGCCACCGAGAGCGCAGCCAAAUGGGCCAUGCGGGUCAUGGACUUUGGGUUGGUUGGUUCGGUGGGCCAGAUUCUGUAUACGGAGCGGGUAGCAGCUUGUUACGCUUCAAAGACACCAGCUGGAGCCGCAAAAUGGGGUGGACGCCGCCGAAAAGCCGGGAUGUGGAGCAUCCUCGCCGCCGAUCAGUGGCUCAAGGCUGGCAAGCCAACACUAGCUUCAGCCUGCCUGGAAGAAGCUGAGCGGCUUUAUGCUGACGUGCUGCAAGCUGAUGGCGUGUUUCCAAUGCCUGAAAUGCAAAGCUUCAUUGACAAUUUGCGUCAUGCCGUGAAAGUUGAAUAUCUUGAGGCGAGAGGAUUCGAUGCCCGAGAUGAACCAGCCACCGAAGAUCUGGCGGGCACUGAAGAGACCAGCGAAAAGCUUGAUAAACGCAAUAAUCGUCGAUCCUUGAUUGGGCUGCCUGUGCAGUUGGACGCUGGUACCCUCAACAUGACGCAAGGACCUCGGGACCCUGAGAACCCUCCCAAUGAUGACUUUGAACGAGCUUAG